AUGGGAAUUGGUAUAGUUAUAAGGGAUGAAAUGGGGGAAGCACUAACAGCCUGCUGUGAUCAAAAGGAACACGUGCAACACCCUGCAACAGCAGAGUGUAUGGCACUUUGGAAAGCUAUGGAGAUCAGCAGAGACCUUGGCUUUCAUAGAGUAGUUUUUGAGGGUGAUGCACAGAAUAUUGUGAGAGCUAUCAAUGAAGAUAAUACUGAUUAUCCAAGCUAUGGGAGUAUAAUUCACGAUGCCAAGAAGAUGCUACAACAGCAGCAAGGAUGGAAGGUGCAAUAUGCUCAUAGGACAUCAAAUGAAGUGGCUCAUAAAUUAGCCAAGCAAGCCUUAUGUCUGGAAUCCGAAUUUAUUUGGAUGGACGUUAUGCCAACUUUUAUUUCUGAUAGAAUAGAUAUGGAAAAGCAAUGUAUUGAUAACAUUACACAAAGUUAA